AUGUCAGCUCCUAACAGUGAUAGCAACAUGCAGCAGCUAGUCCCUAUAGCACCACCAGGAAAGGCUUCUGGUGGUGACAGUGGGAAGGAGCUGGUUGUGGUGGAUCCUGCAGGUAAGAGUUCAGGAGGUGUAAAGCUGCGAGAGGACGAGGAGGACCUGGAGGUGAAGCUCAGGCGCAUCAUGGAGAAUGUCCCUGUGCGUGUCAGUAACACAUCAGGGUCCUCCGCUGGCUCUGGCUCCGGUGAUUUCCACCAGUAUCGUCAAAUGAGGAGGAGAGAGCAGGACCGGCUAGCUCGAAUGGAUGCUGACUACCAGAAGAGAAAAGAAAUGGCUGAGUUUGAACUGCGGAGGGAGGAGAGGAUGAAAGCUGCCGAGGAGCGGACAGCCAAGAAGCGCCUGAAACGGCAAAAGAAGAAGCAGCGUAAGAAAGAGAAGCGAGCUAAAACUGGUAAUAAUGGUGGUGAAGAACCUAACAGAGUGGAGUCGUCUGAUGAUGAUGAAGGUUCAGAUGACGAUGACAAGUCCAAGCAAUGA